AUGAGUUUCUACCAACCAUCAUUAUCUCUCUACGACGUGUUAAACGCAUUGUCCAACCAAGCUCAAGCUCAACCACCACAGGGUCAACGGGACCCAAGAAGGGAAGGAGGUGACCCAUUUGGUCGUGCCCCACCACGCCAUCAUCAUUCACAUCACCAUCCACAUCAUCCUCAUGCACACCAUCCUCCACCACAGGGACAUCCACAUCCAUUCGACCCCUUCGGUGCAGGCCCUCAUGGCGUUCCACCAACUCACCCCUUCGCUGCCGCAUUUGCUCCUCCACAGGGUCCACCACCAAUCCCAUUUGCAAGAGGAGGUCAUCCAUUUUUUAGAAGACCACAAGCAUAUUAUUAUAAUCCACAAUAUGAUUACGAAGAUGAAGAUGAAGAUGAGGACGAAGAUGACAAGAUGAAGCAAGAUGAAGAAGAUGAGGAAAACGAGGAUGAUUAUUCAGAAAAACCUUCUUAUUACCAUCUAGAUAAUAGGAGACAACAACCGGGAAUGACAAGCGGCAACCCAUUGGCUGAUUUGUUGAACUCAUUGAUGGGUGCUGGUCCAAACGAACCAGAAUACGAAGAACCUUCUGCAAAGGAAGAUGAAGAGAAAGAACCAAAGGAUCAAUCCAUGGAUCAAGAUUUCGAACAAGUGGAAACUCCUAAGGAAUCUUCCACUGCUGAGAAACCGGCCGGAGAAGAUAAGAAGGAAAGUGUCACUUCAGAAGAAGAAGAAGAAGAAGAAGAAGAAGAAGAAGAGAAAGAGGAUGUACCACCUUUGCAAGCUCCAACAGCAAAGAAGGAAAGCAGACCCAAGUUAAAGAGAAAUUCUUCUUCUUUUGCCCAUUUGAAUGCCCCAUCACCAAUACCUGAUCCAUUACAAAUUUCUAAACCAGAAACUAGAUUAGAUUUGCCAUUUUCACCAGAAGUUAACGUUUACGAUCUUCCCGAUCAUUACGUGGCUAUAUUCGCACUACCUGGUGCUAAUUCAAGAGCAUUCAAGAUCGAUUAUCACCCAUCUUCCCAUGAAGUCUUAGUGAAGGGUAAUGUGGAAGAUAGAUUUGGAAUUAAUGAAAAAUAUUUGAAGAUAACCGAAUUGAAAUAUGGGGCUUUUGAGAGAACAAUUAAAUUCCCAGUUCUCCCACGUAUUAAGGACGAAGAAAUCAAGGCAACCUACACAAACGGGUUGUUGCAAAUCAAAGUUCCAAAGAUUAUGGAUGGGUCUGAAAAACCUGCUCCAAAGAAGAGAAUCAUUAUUGAAGAUGUUCCUGAUGAAGAACUAGAGUUUGAAGAAGAUCCAAAUCACGUUGAAGUUAAUUGA